GUACCUGGGUACCAGGGUGGUAGCUUCCAAAUUUUAGCGCUUGCCCUCUCCAAUUGGUCAAUGUUAGGUACUAUGGUAGGGUAACGCAAGCAGUGGGCAACCCAUCUCUUGAUGCGGGAGAGAUCUCUGCCAAUGGUAGGAAGCUGAAGGUUGAUGGUUCAAGCAGGCUGCACUUUCAAUCUGAUCAGACCGUCGGUGGAAUCAUUCAUUGAUGAUUGAGGCGGCGGCGUCGUUAAAGAGAGGCGCUUGGGCGGUGCAAAACUUGCUUCUAGUUGGUUGAAAAGCAGCACUUGAUCCUAAUGCCUGUUCGGUGUUGAGCUCCUUCGUCCUUUGAUCAGCUGAAAAGGGAGACCCUUUAGAUCUUGACUGGUCCGGGGGAGGGGCAAUCGAGGCCUUGCGGAAGGCACCUUCCUCUUACCUGGACUUAAUCACUUGCCAGAAGUAUGGGUGUUCCGAUUCCAUACUUUGCGGCCCUUACAACAUACUUCAGCUAUGGGCUCCUCUUCGUGUUUGGUCAUCUCAGAGAUUGGUUCAGGACGUUCUUCAGGAAGAAUCGGCCGCCCAAGGGCUAUGCUCCGCUGUGCCGAGACUUUGAGGACUUCUACACUCGGAAUCUGUACCACCGCAUUCAGGACUGCUGGAACCGGCCAAUCUCCAGCGCCCCAGACGCAUGGAUCGAUGUCAUCGAGCGCACGCGUCCUGCUGGUAGCAAACCUCUGCAGCGCCUUCCAGAAACGCGGCACUGCCUCAACCUCGGCUCCUACAACUACCUCGGCUUUGCCGCGGCCGACGAGUACUGCACCGACCGGGUUGUCAAGUCCCUGCAUCACUACUCCGCCAGUACGUGCAGCUCCCGAAUGGAAGUCGGGACCACAGAGCUCCACGUGGAAUUGGAGGAGAUGGUCGCGCGCUUUGUCGGGAAGCCGGCCGCGAUAGUCUACGGGAUGGGGUUUGCGACGAACUCUACGACUUUGCCGGCGAUGGCGGGGAAGGGUACACUACUGAUCAGCGACUCGCUGAACCACUCCUCCAUAGUGACGGGCGCCCGCGCUUCGGGGGCCAAGAUCGCGGUGUUCCAACAUAACAUUCCUUCGCACCUCGAGCAAGUACUCCGCGAAAGCAUCGUGGAAGGCCAGCCCAGAACGCACCGCCCCUGGAAAAAGAUCAUAAUCAUCGUCGAGGGGAUCUACAGUAUGGAGGGGGAGAUUUGCCGCCUCCCCGAGAUAGUAGAGUUGAAAAAGAAGUACAAGGCGUACUUGUACUUAGACGAGGCGCACAGCAUCGGCGCGCUGGGCCGCACGGGACGAGGGGCGUGCGAGCAGACGGGGGUGGACCCGGCGGACGUGGACGUCAUGAUGGGGACGUUCACAAAGUCGUUCGGUUCGUGCGGGGGGUACCUGGCGGGGUCGGAGGAGUUCGUGGCGUACUUGCGACACACGAGCCCGGGGUCUCUGUACGCCACUGCGAUGUCGCCCCCUGCAGUGCAGCAGUGCAUUAGCUCGUUCAAGGUCCUUUUAGGGGAGGACGGGACAACGCGAGGUCAGCAGAAGCUCCGCGACCUGCACGACAACGCUAACUGGUUCCGGUCGGAGCUGCGCAAACUAGGCGUGGAGGUUUUGGGCGACGAGGACUCGCCCGUCAUGCCCGUCAUGCUCUACAACCCCGCCAAGAUUCCCGCCUUCUCGCGCGAGUGCCUAAAGCGAAACAUUGCGGUGGUCGUUGUCGGCUUCCCGGCGACGCCGCUGCUCCUGUCGCGGGCGAGAGUUUGCAUAAGCGCGUCACACACACGGGCAGAUCUGGAGCACGCGCUACGGGUUUUGAACGAGGUUAGCGAUGUAGUCUCAUUGAAGUACAUGCCUGUAGCACUGGACCCGUUGGAGAUCAAGCUCAAAGGUCUCUGAUUCAAAGGUAUUGACAUAGGUAGUGUUGCAUAGGGGACCUACCACUGGAUGCUGGGAAAAGCCCGAGGCGACUUGUAGUGGACAAAGCUCUCCGUUAUGCAACAUGCAUUCAAGCUUCGUUGCAACUUUACGCCCGUUUCAUUCAAACUCCUAUCCCAGUUACUAUGCCCUAAGGUACCUUCGAUCAACGUGUAUGUCUGGCGG